CAAGGGUAACAUUAUAAAGACAAUACCCUUUGUGAAGUGUGGUUACCUGGAGGAUUCCCGUUUCGGUUGCACUGGAACUUAUUGACUAAUCAUGUCGAGGUUGCCAUGCUUAAAUUUUGGCUGGGCUCAAAAAAGAACAAGCAGUAGCUUAGCCUAGACAAAAGUAUCAUAUUAAGAUGAGCAACCAGAAUGAAAAUGGAUCUGCUCCAUUAAUGGUGGGUUUUUCAAAAACAAAAUUAUAUCCAGCACCAACAGGUUAUGACUAUGGAGCUACAGACAACUCCUACGCAAUGACUGGUACGAAUCCACCAUAUCCUUCAACAGCCUUUGAAAACACAGAUCCUACUCUCAACCCAGGAUAUUCACAACCUGUAGCAUAUGAUUAUAAUCCGAAUCCAUCCUAUCAAGCACCAAAUCCACCUUAUCCAGCUAACCCAAUGCCUUCAGCAGUGGUAUCUCCACCACAAAGUCAUAUAGGUUUUGAGGGUGUGGCACCAGAAGAUGAUCAGCCAAGGGAACAUGUUAGAAGUCCAAAAAGACCAGAGGCUGUUACAAAAUACUCCAGAGCAAGUAAACGUGUAGAUAUGCGAGAACAAGAGGGAAAAAUUUUGAAGACAACUUUUCGAGAUGGGAAGAGGGUUGUUGAUUAUGUACUUGCCUAUGAACCAAAUGAAAGUGAUGAAGCAAGGCGAAAAAACCGUGCUGGUAAACGUGAAUUAUUUGAGAAGAAUCUAAAGCGAAUCGGACUAGAGCUGGAAAGGGAGGAUAUUGAGAAUUCAGCUGAUGGAAAAACAGUGUUUGUUAAGAUUCAUAUACCAUGGAAUUUGAUGUGCAAAGGUGCAGAGGAGCUGAGAAUGAAAAUGCCCCUUAAGGAAGAAGAUCUAGAUGCUCGAACAUUUUCUGAAAAGUUGACAGAAGCCAUUUGUUGUUGCUGCACGAAUCCAUUUGAAUUGGAUGAGCAUGACAUACCUGAGCUAUUAAAUUGUUACACUUGUGAGUUUCGCAGAGAUAGAAUGGAUAAGUACAUAUUUCCUGAGAACAAGGAAGAUUUUUUUUCAAGUGCACAAAGAAGUCGAGUUGUACAUCGUAUAUUAAUGAGGUGCCGGUAUGAUGAUCGUAAACACCACCAAAUGGGCAUCAACAGAUUAAUAGCAAACGGGUCCUACACAGCUGCAUACCCACUGCAUGAUGGUCCUCACCUAAUGGAACAUUCAUUAUUAACUCACAAGCAAGAUAAUGACAGACAGCUAUUGUAUUAUCACUGGGGAAGACCUGGUCGAUGGUUCAAAGAACAACCUUUAGAUUUAAUAAGAAAAUAUUUUGGUGAAAAGAUUGGUUUAUAUUUUGCUUGGUUAGGUUUUUAUACAUCAAUGUUAAUACCUGCUGCAAUAAUGGGAUUAACUGUCAUUAUAUAUGGCUUGGCUACCAUGAAUGACUAUGAACCAAUAAAAGAUUUAUGUGACCGUAAGAUAAAUCUUCCGAUGUGUCCAAAAUGUGAUAACAAAUGUGCAUACACUGAGCUGAAUGAUAGCUGCUUGUAUUCCAAGGUAACAUACAUCAUUGACAAUCCUUUCACCAUUGUGUUUGCUGUGUUUAUGUCAUUCUGGGCAACUUUUUUCCUUGAGUUUUGGAAACGCAAAGAAGCAGUAAUUCAAUAUGAUUGGGAUAUGAUGGGCUUUGAAGAUGAAGAGGAACAGCCUCGUCCUGAAUUUGAGGCUGCUGUCAAAACAAUGAGGUUAAAUCCAAUCACCCAGUUAGAAGAACCGUAUAUUUCCAACAAGAAUGUAUGUCCACGUUAUACUGUGGCAAUAAAUUGUGUUCUGUUUAUGAUCAUUCUCGUUAUCAUCGCCAUUUUAUCUGUGGUUGUGUAUCGUAUUGCAGUGUAUGCAGCGAUUGCAGCCACAUCUAGUAUAGACAUUGGUUGGAUUGGUUUAAUUGCAACCUCCACUGCAGCUAUCAUCAACUUAAUCGCCAUUAUGCUUCUAAAUAAAAUAUAUGAAAAAUUAGCAUACUGGCUGACGCAUUGGGAAAUGCCAAAAACUCAAACAAUGUUUGAUGACUUGUUCACUUUUAAAAUGUAUUUAUUUCAAUUCAUCAAUUUCUACGGCUCACUGUUCUACAUAGCCUUCUUCAAACUUGAUCCUGGAACACCAAGUAAAUAUAAUCGCAUCUUUGGAUUCCGAAGAGAGGAGUGCAAUCCUGCUGGCUGUUUAUUUGAGCUUGGUCUACAAUUAUUUGUCAUCAUGGUGGGAAAACAAGUUUUUAACAAUUUCAUCGAAAUUGUGGUCCCAAAACUUAAAAAUUGGUGGCGUAAACGUGACAAUUUGAUCGAAGAGCAGGAGAAGUUAUCGCAAUGGGAACAAGAUUACGAUCUAGUUGAGCAAAACCCACAAGGAUUGUUUUACGAAUACUUGGAGAUGGUUGUCCAGUUUGGCUUCAUUACUGUUUUCAUCGCAGCCUUUCCGUUGGGUCCUCUGUUUGCACUUUUGAAUAAUCUCAUUGAGAUCCGAGUAGAUGCUUACAAAUUCGUCACAAUAUUUCGUCGUCCAAUGGCGCAACGAACUGAAGAUAUCGGUAUAUGGUUCGAAAUUUUGUCUGGCGUGGCGAAAAUAUCCGUAGUUGUUAACGCUUUUGUCAUUGGCUUUGUGUCAGAGUUUGUGCCUCGCCUUUACUAUGAAAUAUCGCAAUCCGAUAAUUCCGAUAUGGUUGGCUUUUUGAACAGUACUCUUUCUUGUUUUGAUGUUCACGAUUUCGCGGAUGGUAAAGCACCAAAUGAUCCGUUCACACUUCGGAACGGUAGCUGUGGAUUCGGGAAAUCCACUUGCAGGUAUCGUGGCCAUUAUGAACCCCCGUACAGAUAUUACAACGGCAGUGUAAUUCGAAAUGAAGACGCGUAUGAACACGCCCCUGCGCAUUGGCACCUUAUCGCCGGAAAAUUGUUUUUUGUUAUUGUUUUCGAGCAUUUUGUCUUCGCCAUCUCCGGAUUCAUUGCAUGGAUUAUCCCAGACGUUCCAGCUCGGUUGGCUCAGCGAAUAAAACGUGAAAAUUAUUUGGGAAAGCAAGCAAUCAACGAAUCAUCUCGCGACGAUCAAUCUGAUACCGGCUCAAUAAAUUUCCGGGCGCCGAAUAUGUAAUAUUAAGGGACCGUACACACUAUAUACAAUUAUUGUAUAACGUUUUUAUAUCUAUUUGGAUAUUUUUGCAGAGUUUAAUAAGUGCUUUUGCACGGGACAUUUUUUUGUGAUGAUGUAUUCAUGAAAAUAUAAAGGUUAAAUUCUUAUGACAUUAGGCUUAAUAAAAGCGUUUGAACGGUAGAUUUUAGAUGAAACAGUUUUACAGAAUGCAUAGUUUGAAUAAGCAACUUUUGUUCGGUUUGCGCUGGAGUCUUGGUUACUGUAUGUUAAAUUUUAUAUAUAAGUUGCUGAAACUUUGUACCAAAGAUAUGGUUGAUAUUUUCUAUCAUUUGAUUCAAUUGAACAAUGUGUAAAUUUAAGUGAUUUAUAUUUAUUAAGAAAUUGUUAUUCUUUCGAAAGUAUAACAUACAUAAUUUAUUAUUCAAGUCGACCUCGUUCCCAAGAACGUUUGCUUGUUUAUAUUGCGUGGGAAAGAUGCGAGAGGCCCUGGGAAUGAGGUUGUAUUUAAACGAGUUUUUUUCUUUAGAUCCUUUUUUCUGCUUAAUGACGUUUUUUGUUAUUCUGUGAGUUGAAAAUCAGAAAUACAUUAAGAAUUCCUUUAA